AUGUCCCACCGCCAGCAUAUCCUCUUCGCCAUUGUCCUCAUGGCUGUUGCCGUUCUCCAAGCCGUCUCCACCAGAGUAACCGCCGCGGCUAACUUGACUGGGGACGAUGCGGCCAAAACAGCCUAUGAUGUGACGCUCCCUGGUGAAUGCAACUUCUUUGUCACUGUCGCUGGAAAGCAAUUCAAGUUUCGGUACGAGAGCAGCGUCAGUGGGAUCAUCACAUCUGGGUCCAUUAGCCGUGUGUCUGGCGUGAGGAUUCAGGUGGAGUUCGCGUGGCUCGGGUUGAACCAGGUCAGCCGUGCUGGUAACCAGCUCAACAUUCAGCUAGAGAAGUCUACCCAGUCGUUCCCCAUCAACGCCUUCGCUCCGAGCGCACGAUGCAGCUGA